AUGACCCAUCAUGAUGGGCAUACACCAUCACAUCAAAAUAAAUAUACACUAAAAAAAGUUUAUAAAAGUUUGUUCUUUCAGAUCGUUCUCCGUUCACCACUACUUUGUCUGCCCUUUCGGCGGCUUGCACCUUUCGGAGGCUGGAGGCUGCUUGCUGGGGACUGCUGAGCGCAGGCUGGCUGGAGAGAUCGUGGAGUCAGUAAUGCUGGUGGUGAGGUGCAUAUUCCACCCAAGUACAGAAAAUUGCCCCAACUUACCCGGGAACAGGUGAUCCAGGGUGAGUUCUUAAGAUCACUCAUGUGGGUCUGGAUUCUCUGGCGCUUUUGGCGCCACUCGGACGCUGUGCUGGACCACUUUUCAUAUCCAGAUCCUUCACAGUGAACAGAUGAAGAACUGGGGGUCCCUCCUGAUGAUGAGGCCUGAAAGUAUAAACUCAACUCUGUACAAGAGCAAGGUGAGAAGUUUCAAGAAAUUACAGCCUUGGGAGCUGGAGAGAUGGCUCAGAGGUUAAGAGCACUGACUGCUCUUCCUG